UAUGCCUCAGAUAAAUAAUAUUUACUUUAAAAAAAUACAUUUCUGAUCAGGCACCGCCGUGGACAGCCGCGGGAGUGUUUAGCAGUUAGCUGCACUGAGCUAAACGGCCUCUUUCUACUUUUCCACUGGAUUUCAGCCGUUUUACUGAAUAUUUUCGCUUCAGUAAACAUGUCAACGCCUCUAUCGAAGCCUCAGAUUAUCGCUCACAUCCAGAAGAGUUUAAACUACACGGUUUUCGACAGUAAAUGGAUUCCGAGCAGCGCUAAGUUCGUGUGUUUGGGGAACUUUCCCAGAGGAACCGGAGUGAUGCAGAUCUACGAGGUUCAGCACGGAGAGGCUCAGCUGGUCAAAGAGGUAGAGAAACCUAAACCCAUAAAGUGUGGGACGUUUGGGGCCACUUCUCUUCAACAGAGACACAUAGCGACGGGGGAUUUUGAUGGAAAUCUCAACAUAUGGAAUCUGGAGACGCCUGAUGUUCCAGUUUACUCCGUGAAGGCCCAUAAAGAGAUCGUGAACAGCAUCGAUGGUGUCGGCGGUCUGGGGAUCGGUGACGGAGCACCUGAGCUCGUCACCGGAAGCAGAGACGGGACGGUGAAGGUGUGGGAUCCCAGACAGAAGGACUCACCUGUAGCCAACAUGGAGCCGGUGGAAGGAGAAGCCAAGAGGGACUGCUGGACUGUCGCAUUUGGUCACGCCUUCAACGACCAGGACCGCUGUGUGUGCGCCGGCUACGACAACGGCGACAUUAAACUGUUCGACCUGCGGAACAUGUCCCUACGGUGGGAAACCAACAUCAAAAAUGGGGUGUGCUGCGUGGAGUUUGACAGGAAAGACAUCAACAUGAACAAGCUGGUGGCGACGUCGCUGGAGGGAAAGUUCCACGUCUUCGACACGAGGACCCAGCACCCCACCAAGGGCUUCGCCUCCGUUUCCGAAAAGGCUCAUAAAUCCACCGUCUGGCAGGUGAGACAUUUGCCUCAAAACAGAGACAUCUUUAUGACCACAGGGGGAGCAGGAAACCUCCACCUAUGGAAAUAUGAGUAUCCGGCUCAGAGAAGCAAAAAGGACGGUGAGGGUGGGGAUGUGGGCGUGGCCGGCUCGGUCAGCCUCCUGCAGAACGUCACUCUGUCCACUCAGCCCAUCGCCAGCCUGGACUGGAGCCCCGACAAGCAGGGCCUGUGUGUGUGUUCGGGCUUUGACCAGUCGGUUCGGGUCCUCAUCGUCACCAAACUCAACGUGGUGUGAAGAAGCAGACUGAUGGGAAAGGUGUGAGCAGCUUUAACUGAAAUCAGAGACGCAGCGCUGUGUAAAUCACCGAAUCUUCUCUGAUUACAGACUCCAGUUUCUAUAUUCCCAGACAACAGUUUAAACCUCACUGAACUGGGGAAGGGUUGUUCGGUUUUGGCGGUUCUGUCUCUAAAAUGUGCGACGCUCGUCUGAUUCCUGCAGAGUUUUAUCCUGCAGUGCAGUACACUCUGUCUGUAACACAACUACACAUUUCCCAUAUGAUGAGAUGAACAAAUGAGUCAUGCAGCCUCUGGAUCAGAGUGAUCAGGGACCAAAAUGUAAUUUCUUGAUCAGUUUCCAUUUUUGCAGGAGACUCGGUGAAACAUCCGUCUUUUGUUGAACUCUCUGUGAACGUUGCUGUCCUCCAGUUAGUGUUUUGAUAUGAAGGGUUUUUUAUUUUCAAAUUAAAUGUGGUUUUGAAGAGAAAA